UAUUUCAAAAAGUAAGAGACCAUUUUUGUCAUUUUCUCCAAAAUGAUACCUUAAACUUCAUAACUAACUUCAAUUGAAUCAUUCUCAUAAUCCACUGCCUCAGAAAGAAUGGCCGUAUCUAUGGGAACACUGAAACCUUCUCCACAUUCAUUCAUCAUUGAGCCAAUCGACAAUGCUGAUCGUGCAAUAUCAUUUCAAAGUCUCUCUUUCGCAUCGUCCCAUUUAUCUGGAGACAAAUUGAUCUCACCUGCGUCAUUGCGUUCUAGACGAUGCAGUUCUGGUGUGAACAGCUAUCGUAGUAGGACUCCGGUGAUCGUGUCACCUAAGGCUGUUUCUGAUUCCACGAAUGCACAGACAUGUCUUGAUCCUGAUGCUAGCCGAAGUGUUUUGGGUAUUAUUCUUGGAGGUGGAGCUGGGACGCGCCUGUAUCCUCUAACCAAAAAGAGAGCAAAGCCAGCCGUUCCACUUGGAGCGAAUUAUCGUUUGAUUGAUAUCUCUGUGAGCAAUUGUAUAAACUGUACAAUAUCCAAGAUCUAUGUUCUCACGCAAUUCAACUCUGCAUCUCUAAAUCGCCAUCUUUCGCGGGCUUAUACAAGCAACAUGGGUGGUUACAAAAAUGAAGGUUUUGUGGAAGUACUCGCUGCUCAACAAAGUCCAGAGAACCCCAAUUGGUUCCAGGGCACUGCUGAUGCUGUCAGACAGUAUUUGUGGUUGUUUGAGGAGCAUAAUGUUCUGGAAUACCUAAUACUUGCUGGAGAUCAUCUGUACAGAAUGGAUUAUGAAAAGUUCAUUCAAGCCCAUAGAGAAUCGGAUGCUGAUAUAACCGUUGCUGCACUUCCGAUGGAUGAAAAGCGUGCCUCUGCAUUUGGUCUAAUGAAGAUUGAUGAAGAUGGACGCAUCAUUGAAUUUGCAGAGAAACCAAAAGGAGAGCAGUUGAAAGCAAUGCAGGUGGAUACUACUAUUUUAGGCCUUGAUGACGAAAAAGCUAGAGAGAAGCCAUAUAUUGCAAGUAUGGGUAUUUAUGUCGUAAGCAAAGAUGUGAUGUUAAACCUACUUCGGGAAAGGUUUCCUGCAGCAAAUGACUUUGGUAGUGAAGUUAUACCUGGUGCAACUUCCAUCGGAUUGCGAGUGAAAGCUUAUUUGUUUGAUGACUACUGGGAGGAUAUUGGUACCAUUGAAGCUUUCUACAAUGCCAAUUUGGGCAUUACAAAAAAGCCAGUGCCAGAUUUUAGCUUCUAUGAUCGUUCAGCUCCAAUCUAUACCCAACCUCGAUAUUUGCCUCCUUCAAAGAUGCUUGAUGCCGAUAUCACUGAUAGUGUCAUUGGUGAAGGUUGUGUUAUCAAGAGCUGUAAAAUUCACCAUUCCGUGAUUGGACUCAGAUCUUGCAUUUCAGAGGAAGCAAUUAUCGAAGACACACUUUUGAUGGGAGCAGAUUAUUAUGAGACGAAUGCUGACAGGAUACUUCUGUAUGCAAAGGGUAGUCUUCCAAUUGGCAUCGGCAAGAACUCUCACAUAAAGAGAGCUAUUAUCGACAAGAAUGCUCGUAUAGGGGACAAUGUGAAGAUCAUCAAUAGUGACAAUGUUCAAGAAGCAGCCAGGGAGUCGGACGGAUACUUCAUUCAUAGCGGGCUUGUUACUGUUAUAAAGGAUGCACUAAUUCCCAGUGGUACCAUUAUCUAACGUGGUGAACCUUGGAUUUCCUCCAAUUUUUUGGCCAAAUAGCCGUAAGUUUAAAGGUGCUAGUUUCCUGAAGUGAACAUGUUACCUUGAAUUUUUUUAUUUUUUUUUACAAUUAUUCAUCUCAAUAAAAGCUGAUGAUGGAAUAAACACCUCUUUUUUGAUAGCAAUUAUUUUACUUGUGUUCAUUUUUGAAUGUCAAUCGUGAGAAGAAAUUCAUUUUUUCCUCAA